UACCAAAUAUGGCAGGGUGUCUGAUACCAGACAGAGUCUUUGCUAAUAUCUUGUCCUUUCUAACGUUCACCGCCUAGGAACAACUAUCGGUAGGCGUGUGAAAGCCCACGGCCAGUCAGUAGCGUACGUUUUGACGUUCGCAUGGACAAUUACAUUGCAACAGUUAACGGCUGUUGUCACCGUGCUAAGCAUGUGACCGAGCAGACAGGGGGGAGUGUCUCGUGCGUUGUGCCGUAGAACACAUAGUUCUAGUGGACGUAGUCGGGCAGCAACGACCACGCCGAGGAAAAGAAAUCGAGACACAGAAGACACCUCGACCGGGCUUCGAGCUCGUUUCCCUAAGCUUUCAAGUCAGCUUCGCCGAAACAACACAAAGGACAAAUUGCUGUGAGAGCUUGUCAAGCCAGAAAGAAGAUGAGCACCAAGAGGAAAGCAGAGCAUCACUCCAGGGCAGCAAACAGACCACGUAUCAUAAAGUCUGGAGGCUCCCGGGCUGAUUCGGAGAGAGACUCUGGAUUCUCAGAUGCAAGCUCGGAGCACAUGAGCACAAUGGACAUCACAGACUCUGAGAAUUCACCCCGUCCUGUAGUUCAGCAGGGACUGCAGACUUCUGGCUCGGGGCCCCAGUCCUCUCAGUUGGCUGUAGUCGGAGGCUCCUACUCUAGCCUCUCUCCCAUGAUCAUCAUGAACAAUGUCCUCCUCAAUCAGCCUGGAGAUAAUCCCGCUGCUCUGAAGCCCUGGGGGUUUAGUCCCACAGUGGAGGUGGUUCAGCCGGUGGUCCAGCAGCCUCAGGUUGUCUUCCUUCGACCUGUGGUCUCUCGUCAAACUUCCCCUGUUUCCAAAGAGGCCUCCUCUAGACACAGACGCCCUAAGAAGUAUCUUCCAAUCCUGAAAUCCUACCCCAAGAUUGCUCCACAUCCUGGAGACAGCGCCAGUUCAUCGGGGAGAGGAACUGCUUCAUCAUUUUCCUCCACAACCUCCUCGUCCUCUUCUUCUUGGUCAGAGAGGGGUAGAAGUUUGACCACCAACCAACGGCAACACUGUCUGAGAGAGAAGCAGAAGAGAAAUCUGUGUGGUGGUACUAGUAACUCUGGCUCAACCACUCCCAGUCUUCCUGCUACCCCCAUCACCACGUCGCCUCUGCUCCAGAGACGGCUUUCUCUCCCCACAACAGAAACCAGUAGCAGUCCUGCCAGGGAGAGGCCUUCAUCAGCUGUCAGCCAGGCAGAGUUUUCCACCUCCCUGUCUGUUAAGCACACCAAUAGCCCUGUUUCUCGGGCUGUCACCCAAGAGAAAAGCUCAUCCAGAGAAGGUAACCACAGUGACAAUGAUGCUGAUGCAAAGAGGAAGCGCUUCUGCAACACUUACAACAUCCUGAGCAAAUCUGGCCUGCUGGACAUUGCACUCCGCACAAAGGAGCUCAACAGGCAGAACAGACGCACCCAGAACGACCUAGACCAGCUAAAAGAACACACAGAUCUCUUCCUUCAGGCUCUGUACAGUGGUGACACCAGCAUCUGUGUGAAGCUGCAGGCCAGCCUUCCGGUGGAAGAUGGAGAGAAGGAUAGAGCUGCUCAGACCAGCUUAAAGGCCGAUUAGACCUGGACUAGUGCUAGGCAGUAAUCCAUUGGACUGAGAUGGGGAAAGACAGGCCAGUCCUGCAGUUGUGGGGGGUUGGAGUGUAUAGAAACAGAUGGACCGAAAGUAAUGUGCUCCACAAUACACCCCCACCCCAGACUCUCUCACACAGACAGUGUGCUGUGGCCUACAUUUUGGUUGCCUUAGGGCCCUGACACACCAAGCUGACCUCAAAGAAUUGGUGUUUAUAAACUACACAUACUUUUCACUGCCUCACGUCUCCUGUUAAAAGUUGCACUUGAACUCAUCAUAAGACUGUUGCUAAUGGCCAGUUGACAGCCAUCAUGUACAUAUGUUCUGCACCUUUGCUUUACCCUGUCAGCCAUUGUUUUUUUUAAGUUUGUGGAAAAAGAAACGACACUAAAUCACUGAAAUCACAUUGCAAGGCCACUCAGACCUCACUCUAAUUGCCUCUGUCACUUAUCCAAACAGCCACAGAUUAGGUCAAUUAAGGACACACUGCAAAAACUAUGUGCGAUAGUCGGCCACACACCUGAGGUGCUGCCUGCUCUCCAGCUGUUGCUUGGUGUGUUAUGGUUAAAAAAAGCUAGAACCCCAGUUUACUGUUCUGCCAUACUGAGCCUGACUAAAUCUAUUCCACUGAAAUGGCCUCUCCUCACAGAAAUCAUCCUCUCAGCAUUUUAGGGAUGUUACGAGAACCAAUACUUCGGUACCAAGUCAAUGGCAAAAUUCUAAAAAAGGUGAUGGUACUUGUUACGCAGUUACCGUCAGGGCUAACGUCGUCCUGUCUACAAUAGAACAUGUGUUUGGGACGCAACUUAUUCCCUCAUAAUGUUCCAUUGUGAACAACUAAUUUGUGUUGAAAUCGGUGGGCGGAGAUUUAGCGAGUGGAACAGAGGUUCAAUAGAUUUGCAUGAUGGUGCAUUCAGGUAAAAUUUAGUUUUUAGAAAGAAAAAAUAUGACCUGUUAAAUUUUAUAACUAAACAGCAGAAAACGGUUAAAAAGGAGUGUAUGUUGAAGUACAUGGGAUUUAUUGUUUGCUUUUUUGACACUGGUAUUGGUAUCAACUACUACAUUUCUGGUAUUGUGACAUCCCUACAGCAGUUACAAUUAUGUAAGAUCGUUGAUUAUGACUUAUGCUUAUGGAAAUGUUCUCAUCUCAUAAAAUGUGUAAACAUGUGCCUGAAGCAUCUUUCUAGUUGCCGCUGCAUUUUCAAACUUGAUGUAAAAGAUUUGGCACACCCUGUUGACUGUUGCACGUUUAGCAUUCCUGUCAUGUUGAUGGCAGCUGUAAUACAAACUGGCAGGAACUAAAGCUCUUAACAGCCAUGCUUAUGCUUUCCUGAUGACAUCCCAGUGUAAAGGGUGCUUCCUACAGUUCAACCAUAUUUUCCACUAACUUGUGUAUGAUGGUUGUUUUUGUGUGUUCUUUUUUUAUUUUUUUUAUAUAUAUACUCAUGGGUGUAAUAUAUUUAUGGCAAUAUUGUCUAACUUAAUUGCAGUAUGAGUUCAUGUCUGUUUUUGCUAUAUUACUUUUGUGAACUUUUUUGAGUCCACUAAGAAAAUGAUCAAGUCAGCUCAACGUUGGGCCUCAUAAAUCCAUAUUUCCACUUUUAUUUGACGAAAGUUACAAUUACAUCAUCCAAAUUAGGAUCAUUUGUGGAGUUUUGUGAUGUGUAAUAUUAAUGUUUUGUAUGUUUAUAAGUUAUGGCCUUAAUAUCAAAACCCAAUGUAUGUCACAGAACUUUGCAUUUGCACUAAAAUAAUCUGAGAGCAGCUCUGAAGCAACUUCUGGUAGACUUUAACGGCAGCUACAGUAGCUCCUUUGACUUUUUAAAUGACUUGAGUUGCAUUGUGAGGCAUCAGUCGCACACUAUCGGUGCAUUCAUACUUUUCAUACAGGACAGCCAUGCAACAUUUAAAUGGUCUUAAAUUACUAGCAGUUUCAUCCGUAUUAAAUACACUUUUGCAUAUUCUGUGUCUGUAUAUUUGAUGUGAUGAUGCCAUACUUGCUAUGCUUAUGUUGACUUUAAAUGGCUCGUGAGGAACAUCUCAAGUAAGGGAUCAUUUAUAGUCAAGUUAAAAAUGUUCAUGUGAACUUGUGAGGGUCAUGAAAUCUGCAACCAAAUUCAUAGAAGUCUUUGUCACACAAACAAGUGUUUGUGAUUACAUAUUUCUGCUUUUAUUUGAAGAGAUGUGAGGGUACUGAUUAACUUUCAUCUUAUUUUAUCUUCUAACAGACUGAUAUGGCAACAGUUAUGCCAACAUCAGACAGAAUCAGUGGACAUUUUGACUGAAGAGGACGAUACAAUGUCCGAUUUAACUCUAAUGUACAGAUUAUUUUUUUUAUGGUCGUUGUUCUUCUGGAACCCAUGCUGUGUCUAACACUCAGCCCUCUGGCUGUUCAUUUGAGGUUGCCCUGAAGUCUGAGGUCAUCUUUGAGGUUGCUUGUCUGCAGUGCACCAGGUUCCACUGUCCGCCCCAGAUACAUUUUACAAUCUUUUUGUGGUCGACUCUCAGUAUUUCCUCUAAACACCACUGUGGUUAUUGUGUCCAGAUAGCUCGCCACAUAUCCCUCCGAAAGGCAUUAGAGGUUCAGAUGGAACUUUUUUCGUUUUCCGAACAUUGGAAUCCACUGUUCAAAGUACUUUGUGUCUUCCCACUAUAAUGAAUGUGGUUCAAGCUAACCAGAGCAGCCACACUGGCUCUGUUUGCACAGACACAGUUGGGUUUCCAGCAACAAGAUUUUGCCACCCAAAAAAAAAAAAACAGCAUGUACAACCUUUUUAAUCCAGCAGAUGUUCAGAACACC